CUUCCUAUUUUUGACAUUUGAUCAGCUGGUAAAAAAUAGGGCUGGGUUUUUCGGUCAAUAAGGGGUCGUUUGGUAGCGUAAUAUUACGCAGAUAUUAGUAAUAUAGUAGUUAGUUAUGUAGGAUUUAGUUAUGCAUAAAUUAUUUUUUUAGAUGUUGAUUUGUUAUAUGUAUUUGUUAUAAUGUAGGUAUUAGUUAUGCAUGACACGUAAUUUUUAAUGCUGAAAAUAAAAUCUUGACGGGUGAGGGAUAAAUAUAGCUAGUUUUAACAGGUCAGGUAAAUAUAGCUCUAAAAUAUGACUACAGGAGUAUAUUUAUUGAAAAAGUAUAACGGAAUGCAAAUAUAGCUUAUUUUCAAUAGUAAAGGGACAAAUAUGACCCUUUUCGUUUUCAUUAUGAAUAUACUUACGGUAGAUAUUUUUCUUACUAUUACGUGUUGUUUCAUAUGUUUUGUUUAUCUCUAUGUUACUCGGACUCUUCGAAAAUGGACACGGGUGCGUGUCGGAUCCUUCAAAAGUAGUGCAUUUUUGAAGGAUCUGACACGGGUGCGGCAUCAUUUUUGGAGAGUCCGAGCAACAUAAGUUUAUCUUACUAUUUUGCUAUUGUUAUUUUUCUUUUAAUCCUGUUUUGAUUACAUUACUUUAGAGCCAAGGCUUUAUCGGGAACAACCUCUUUAACCGACAAAGGUAGGGUAAUGACUAUGUAUAUUCUACCCUCCCCAGACCCCAUUUGUAGAAUUACACUGAGUAUGUUGUUGUUUAUGGUAAAUAUUUAGCUGUAUUGAAUUUUCACGCCAAAUCAAUUCUAUUUAUCAUAAUUAAGUAAUUUAAUAAAAUAGCAAUAUGAAUAGAUUAACCAGGGUUCUGUUACAUAAAUCUAUAUAAAAAUAUAUGACAUGCAUUUAUGAGUCUGAUGUAAACACGCUGUGCAUAAAUAUUCAUCAUAUUGCUAUAAUAUUGAUUAUCAAUUUUUGGAAGGUAAAGUGAGGGGUUAGAAAAUAGAAUUAUUGAUCUUGUGCUAUUUUUUGGUUUUAUUAUUGGAAACGGAAGAGACUCCGUGAAUAGUGUAAAGCAACGAUCUAUUUGCUAUUCUCUCGGUUCCAUUUUACUUGUCACCUUUAGUUUACGACAAUUUAAGAAAAUAUUAAUUAAAAAGAUAAUUUAAUUAAAUAUCCUUAAUUAUAUUUAAUUUCAAUUUAAUACACUACUUCUUGCUUUCACCACAUUAAUCGCUUUCCACGUUUAUUAUAGAGAGAGAUAAAAUUAAAAAUAGAAAGUCAUUAGUAGCUAUAAGUAUUUUGGAAUUAUUUUCAUAAACAUGACAAGUAAAACAGAAUGGAGAGAAUAAUUAACUUGGUCAAUGAUUUAAUAAUGAAAGAAAACUACACUUAAAAGUUUUAAUAAAAGAUAAGACAAAAAUAGAAAAUAUAUCAAGCGGCAAGGUACAUUCGGUAACAAAUACUCAAUCUUUGUCACCUUUCCUGUUCCUAUAAUUAAGUUAAUUGAACUUUGAUUAACAUUUAAAGUUUAUGGUUUUGCAGUUUUGGUAUGAGAAUUUUUUGUCAUUUUCAAGUAAAUUAAGAACAUCUAGAUUUUACAUGUUUAAAAAUGAAGUUUAUUAUAUUUUCAUAAAUUUGUUUUUCUUAGUAAUUCGCAAAUUGUAAAUCCACAUUUUGUGAUGUGUGCCCUUAGCUGAAAGACAAAAGUUCCUUUACAAAAAAAAUAAUAAUAAUAAAAAAAAAAUGUGAGAAUGAAAAGUCACGUGAGAAAGUUCCAAGAUCACGUGAUAUUUGUCAAUUGAUAUGAUGUCUGUCUUACAAAAUGUCAAUGGUAAUAAAGUCAUUUUAAGUAACUGCCUUUUUAUUUCAGUGUCAGUCCUUGUCAGGCUGUUCCAAUAGAUGAGGGCAAUAGAGUAAUUCUCAAUGUUGAUAAUGCACACUGGUGAUUCACAAUGAAAGAAUAGUAGUACUGUGCAGAGUCUCUUUCAAUUCAUCACUUUCCCUACACAGAAUGGAUUCUUUUGACUGGACAUUGGACCCACUGGACAAUUUACCAUAGUUUUCUAGUGAAUCUAAUGAUGCAUGAUCAAUUAUUGGGGUUGUAGGUUUAUUUUUUUAGCAUAGGUAGAAUGUUACCAUCAAAGCCAAAAGCUAUAUGGCUGAUAGCAUGGGUGCUGACUUUCGACUUUAUUUCUUAAUCAAACUCAAUUGUUAGAAUCAAAAACUCAUCAUUUGCCAAAAUUAUAGAUGAUGACAAGGGCACAAUUUUAUUUCUUAACCAAGUUCAUCAAGCAACUACCAUGUUUGACCAUGACCCCAACCUGGCGAUGACCAGCCCAUUACCUGGCCCUUGCCUUGGGCAGGAUGUUGGUGUUACCGUGCAAUUCCCCCAACACCUGCCAUACGUAGCAUGUUGUCGUACCAAUCAUGCUAAAAGCUAUAACUCAUAGCAAAAGCGUUGUCUAGGCCUCUCCAUAGGCAGGAUAUUGGCGUUACACAACACAAAGGUCGUUAGAGAAUUGCUUUAGAUAUGUACUCGUAUACUUCUCUAUCUUAUAUCUUCGGUAUCAUGCUGGCAAGGUUACUAAUGAAAUGCUUUCCCUCCCAAAAAUUCCAUUUGUUGCUGUUGGUCUAUUAGAGGCUCUUGCUGCUGCGUCCGGCAUGGCAGCUGGAGCAAUUCUUUCCGGGGCCACAAUUCCAAUACUCUCGCAGAGCUUUCUUGUCUGGCAACUUCUCCUGUCUUUUAUUUUCCUUGGGAGAAGAUAUAGCUUCAACCAGUUGUUUGGGUGCUUUCUCGUGGCAGUUGGUGUUAUUGUAACUGUAGCAAGUGGAUCUAGUGCUGGUUCAUUGAUGGAAGCUGGUGUAUUUUGGAGUCUUUUGAUGAUAGUUUCCUUUUUGUUCCAAGCUGCAGAUACUGUCUUGAAGGAAGUAAUAUUCUUGGAUGCUGCUCAAAGGCUGAAGAGAGGUACCGUUGAUCUGUUUGUCGUGAACUCCUAUGGAUCUGCUUUCCAGGCAGUUUUUAUAUGCCUUCUCCUCCCAUUUUUGUCCAAGUUAUGGGGUGUUCCAUUUACUCAACUGCCAAACUAUCUUAGAGACGGUGCUGCAUGCUUUUUGAAUAUCGGCACAUUAUCCGGUGGGUGUGAUGGUGCACCACUUUUACCGCUGCUGUUUAUCAUUGUCAACAUGGGUUUCAAUAUAUCAUUGUUACAUCUUCUUAAGAUCUCUUCUGCUGUGGUAUCUUGUCUCGCGUCUACAGUUUCAGUACCAAUAUCAGUCUUUUUAUUCACAUUACCAUUACCAUAUCUUGGCGUUGCAUCCUCUCUUCCACCUGGUUUCAUAGCAGGAGCCAUCAUCCUUGUCCUGGGAAUGCUUGUUUAUACUUGGAGACCAUCAUCAAGUAGCCUAAAAAAUCAGGAAGUUGAUUGCCACUGUACUUAACUUGUGUCCCUUGUCACGUUUGAGGGAGAAGAAGAUACGAUACUAUCCUUCUAACUUCCCACAAUAAGCAAACGAGGGAUCAAGACGUGCAUGGUCGAUUGUGUUAUAACCUCUCAAACUUCAUUUCUGAAUCAUUAUCGAUCAGUGGAGGUUUGACAGGAUUAUUACUCGAAUCCAUUGCUCUUUUUUGAAAUGCAUGGAGUCUCUACCAUUCAUGUCCUUGGGAAGUUGGAAGUUAUAAGGAAGAAAUUUGUAGUUCCAAUGCCAGAGUAAACUUGGUUCUUGUAUAUCUAACAGUGGAGGAGCCCGGUUUCGCCAUAAGUUGAACAGAACUAAAAAUGGGUAUGAAAAUCUGCUCCUGGUUUUUGGUUGUUUUGCUGUUGUAACAUAAAUUUUGUUUUUCUAGCCGCAUUCUAGGGGUUCUGGCUAAGUUAAAAGUCAAUUGAUGACGAACUGUAUAUGGCUAUUCUUUCAGAACUAAUACACAGGUGUUGUUAAGGCUCUCUUCAAAGUUCGUUCUUGGACAUUAUUCAUUUUACUGGUUUGAGACUA